AUGGAGACAGAUGAAGCAAAAGGCCGGGCUUUCCUUGAGAGGUACAUCAAGCAGACUCACCAAGGCAACAUGGAGGAGCGUGCUAACAUCAGGGCAAUUAUGACGACUGCUGUGCCAGGGGUGCAGUAUGGAGAGGGUGUCACAAUACAGGACGUGAAACGGGUCAUAAGUGGAACGAAGGAUAGUGCAGCAGGGCCUGAUGGGGUGAGAUACAGCUAUUUUAAGGAUGCAGAUGAAAAAGAUCUACAGGGCAUGGUGGAGGACUUCAACGAGAGUCUGGCCAAAGGCAAGAUCCUAGAGGAGUGGCUACACAGCUACCUCAUGCCUCUUCCUAAACCAGGCAAAGACCACUCCAACAUCAAGGGAUACAGAAUCAUCACCAUGCAGAACACGUAUGGAAAGAUCCUGGAAAAGAUUGUAGCCAAAAGACUGGCAAUUUACCUAGAGAUGAAAAAGCUCCUUCCAGACGGCCUUGGAAGCUACAGACCAGGGAAAGACACCUGCACAAACACGGCGGUGUUAGCCUAUGAUGUAGUUGAAGGGUUCCAGAGAAAGGAGGAGACAGCAAUGGCUGCUAUAGACCUAGAGGGUGCUUACAACCGAGUGGAUUACGGCAAGCUCAUGGAUCUCCUGAUGGAAAUGGAUGUUGACCCCUGGUUGAUACAAUGGAUCUCCGAAGCUCUGUUUGAGAGGAAGGUGGUGCUGAGAAGUGGGCGAUGGAUGUCAGACCCAGUAGUGAUUGCCUCAGGACUGCCACAAGGAUCAGCAUUAUCACCGGUUCUGUUCAACAUAUAUACAUCCAAAAUUGCCAGGAUCGGUGUAAGUGGAGCAGGAAGAAUCCUCACAUUUGCAGAUGAUGUGAUGAUCUACGGAGAAGGUCGCGAUAGGCUAGCAGUUUGA